UGGCGGCGCUGUAUUUGCAAAAUACAUUAUUACCCCUGUAAGAUGGAAACAAGCCAUAAAAAGACCAAGAAGGAGGGGAAAUUUGACACUCAUCGUCCGUAUAAACUAGCUCAUCAGACAUUAUGUGUCCGGGCCAUCAACUUCAGACAGAAAUCUAUUUUUGGAUAUGUGGAACUCACAAUCCACCCACUUCAGACAGACUUGAGACGAAUCAAAAUUAACAGCAAGCAGUGCAAAAUUUUCCAUGUGUCUGCCAAUGACCAAUGGGAGGCCCGCUUUCUGUACAAUGACCCCACUCUGGAGAUUUGUCAGGAAGAUGGCAAACAAAGGAAUCUGGAUUUCUUCCAGAAUUGUCAUCUGAAAUCCAUGCUUGGUGUGGACCCGGACCAAGGAAAUGGGGAGGUCACCAUCAAACUGCCUGUCGAAGUCUUCCCUAUUGUUGCUGAUCUGAGACCAAUAAAACUUUGUAUAGAGUUUGCCCUGGAACAGCCGAAGGGUGGAGUACACUUUGUGGUACCAAAUAUUGAGGGCACGCUGGCAGAGAAAGCUGCACACAUGUUCACAUAUAAACAUGAAAAUUCUUCAAGGCUGUGGUUUCCCUGUAUCGACACGUACUCAGAGCCAUGUACAUGGAAAAUUGAGAUCACAUGUGACCUGAGUAUGACAGCAGUCAGUUGUGGCGAGCUUAUAGAGACCAUCUACACAUCUGACAGGAGGAGCAAGACCUUCCACUACUUCCUGUCAAUGCCAACAGCUGCUCCAAAUAUUGCAAUGGCUGUCGGACCAUUUGAAAUACUAGUGGACCCCAACAUGCACGAGGUGACCCACUUCUGUUUGCCUCAUCUCACGGACCUCCUCAAACAUACCACCAGUUACCUACACGAGGCAUUUGAGUUUUACGAGGAGCUGUUGUCCAGUAGGAACCCCUAUUCCUGUUACAAACAAGUGUUUGUUGAUGAGAGCUACGAAGACUUUAUGCCUUAUGCCACUAUGACCAUAUUCAGCACGAACCUGCUUCAUUCACCACGGAUCAUCGACCAGACAUUAGAGACACGUCGUAUGCUGGCUGCCGCUGUAGCAGAGCAGUUCUUUGGCUGCUUCAUCACAAUGCAGUCCUGUUCUGACAUGUGGAUAACAAGAGGUGUGGCCGGUUACCUGACAAGUGUUUUUGUGAAGAAAACCUUUGGAAACAAUGAGUACAGAUAUCAAAUAAACCGGGACCUGAAGGAGGUGCAGGAAUAUGAGAACCGUGUUGGUGGAAUACUGUUGGAUCCUUCAUCUAAAGACUGUAAUCACCAUUUCUCCAUACGAAACCCUCACACCCUAUCUCCCAAAUACAUAGAGGUCUUCUCCAAGAAAGCCUACCUGGUCACACGCAUGCUUGAAAUCAGGAUUGGAGCUCAGCUUCUCAUACAGGUGUUCAACAAGAUAUUGUCAUUAGCAUACUCCGCCUCACAAAACAAGUUUGUUGCCAACACCUGGAACAAUAUGUGUGUGUCUACGAACUCAUGUCUGAAGCUGAUAUCCACAGUGACAGGGAAAGACAUUCAGCCCUUCUUAGAUCUAUGGGUGACCCAGAGUGGUUGUGCCAGAUUCUUCGGGAAUUCUGUUUUUAACAGAAAGAGGAAUGUUGUGGAACUGGAACUCAAACAGGAUCUUGGGGCAAAGGGUUCACUCAAAUAUGUGGGUCCUCUGACAGUGACUAUACAGGAACUGGAUGGCUCCUUUAACCAUACCUUUAAGAUUGAAGAGAACAAGACCAAGUUUGAUAUCACAUGUCAUUCCAAGAGUAGAAGGAACAAAAAGAAGAAGAUCCCUCUGAUGACAGCAGAGGAGGUAGAUAUGGAUCUUAGCGCCAUGGACGCUGACUCUCCUGUGUUGUGGCUGAGGAUAGACCCAGAUAUGCACCUCCUUAGUCAGGUGACAUGGGAACAGCCAGACUUUAUGUGGCAAUACCAGCUCAAGUUUGAGAGAGAUGUUGUUGCUCAGAAAGAGGCUAUUGUAGCACUAGAGAACUAUCCAACAGCUGCUACCAGGAAAGCUUUGACAGACACGCUAGAGAAUGAACACUGUUUCUAUCGGGUACGAAUGGAGGCGUGUCUUUGUUUAUCUAAAGUAGCUAACUCCAUGGUAAAUAACUGGGUUGGACCUCCUGCUAUGAUAACUAUCUUCCGUAAGCUGUUUGGGUCACACUCCUGUCCAAACAUCGUCAGACAAAAUAACUUCUCCAAACUACAGCAUUACUAUCUCCUAAAGACUAUACCGUUUGCCAUGGCCCACCUCAGGAGCAUUCAGGCCAUCUGUCCUCCGGAUGUUCUCCACUUCAUUCUGGAACUUUUCAAAUACAAUGAUAAUAGCAAAAACAAAUACUCUGAUAACUACUACCGAGCCGCCCUGUUGGAUUCCCUAGCUGCCACCCUGUCUCCUGCCGUCACCAUCAUGACAGGUCUGGGAGAGGGCCCAACAAUGGACAGUCUAACAUCAGAAACCAAACAGAUCCUGGAGGAGAUAACACGCUGCCUCAACUUAGACAAGUUACUUCCCUGUUAUCACCACAUCGUCACUGUCAGCUGUCUGAAAGCUAUACGAAUUCUACAGAAGUUUGGACAUUUACCCAGUGAUGUGUCCCUGUUUAGGAAUUACAUGCAGUAUGGUGUGUUCAGGAAUGUUAGAAUUGCUGCUGUGGAAGCUGUGGUAGACUACAUCAAAACUGAUUGUAAGCCUGAAGAACUACAUAAUCUGAUUGAUGUAAUAGAGACAGAUCCGGAUGUAUAUUUCAGACACAUAGUCAUCAGAAAGCUGGUACAGAAUCCACCAUUCAAACGAGGGGAGCACAGCCAUCUACACACGCAGGCCUUGGUGGAGCGACUGUGGAAACUCAUGAAUAUCGAAUUUUCCCAUGAUUGUCGUCUGAGGUGCGACAUAGCUGACCUCUACUUUACCUUAUAUGGCCGAACACGCCCCACUUGUCUCGGAAUCCCAGAGAGUUUGGUUGUGUUCAAUCUCAAGGAGAAGAAGGCAAAAUUCAAUCCCUCUGUGGUACCUGUGGAAAUGGAGGCAAUGUUUGAGGAAGAUGAAGAGGAAGUGGAUGAUGUGGAAACAGAAAAUAUUGCCAUGGAAGUUGAAGAAGGGGAAAUUCUAGACAUAACAGAAGUAACAACUUCAGGUACUGUAGAGACGGAUGUCCCACAUGGACUGAAGCGAUCAGCUGACUCACCCCUGGACCUGGGACCUCACCCCUCACUGGACGUAAAUCCCACACUGGAAUCGUCUAUCGUAGAGGGCAACACCGUAGAGGCGGGCCAAAGCGAGGACAGUAACACCUCAUUCAAACUUAAAAUCAAGAUUGGUGGUGCCCCUGUGGAUAGUGCCCCUUCUUUCCUACCCUCGGUGAGGGAGGAGAUACGCCCACCUCAUACACCAUCCUCCACUCAGGCCUCCACGUUUACUUCCGAUCUCUUCAAAUUUGUUGGGAUGAAACAGGAGGAGGACUCCAUAUCCAAAAUAUCUGUGUCAUCUAUCCCCCCUCCCCAGACUGGUGGCUCUGUAUCCAUGGAUACGAUAGGUCGUCUUAGUGAGGAUUCCUCAUCUCCCAUCCACUACAGCUCUGAGACAAAAGGGGGGAGCAAACCUCCGAUGUCAUUUGCUGGAUUGCUGCCAGGAUCUCAAACCUCUGGAGGAGAAGUGUCAAUGCAAACUAACCCAGACGAUCCUUCAUCUAGCAAAUCACACAAGUCAAAGAAAAAGAAGAAGAAAAACAAACACAAACAUAAGCAUAAACACAAACAUGAUAAACCAGAACGUGAUCGUGAGUCAUCAGACCGGCCUAAGGAUGCCGGAGGACAUUACAGCUCAGAGACAAGUACUGUCAACUCUCCUAUAGUGAAACUUGACCCUCCAAGUUCACCAGAGUUUGAGAUCAUAUGAAGAACUUGUCAAAAUCAGUGACCAUGCAAGUAUGGAUUGUGAAGCAACUUUAUACAAAGGAGUUUUAUCACAGCUAUUCAUUUUCUUAUGUUAAGAAUAUCUGAAUGGCCAGUCCCUGUACUGAACUCCUACAGUAACUUACCAACAGAAGACAAGUGACUGUUCUGUUAAUCCUGGUGGAAAUGUACUGAACUCCUACAGUAACUUACUGACAGACCUGUUAAUCCUGGUGGAAAUGUACUGAACUCCUACAGUAACUUACCGACAGAAGACAAGUGACAGUCCUGUUAAUCCUGAUGGAAAUGUACUGAACUCCUACAGUAACUUACUGACAGUCCUGUUAAUCCUGAUGGAAAUGUACUGAACUCCUACAGUAACUUACUGACAGUCCUGUUAAUCCUGGUGGAAAUGUACUGAACUCCUACAGUAACUUACCGACAGAAGACACGUGACAGUCCUGUUAAUCCUGGUGGAAAUGUACUGAACUCCUACAGUAACUUACUGACAGAAGACAAGUGACUGUCCUGUUAAUCCUGAUGGAAAUGUACUGAACUCCUACAGUAACUUACCGACAGAAGACAAGUGACAGUCCUGUUAAUCCUGAUGGAAAUGUACUGAACUCCUACAGUAACUUACCGACAGAAGACAAGUGACAGUCCUGUUAAUCCUGAUGGAAAUGUACUGAACUCCUACAGUAAUUACUUACCGACAGACCUGUUAAUCCUGGUGGAAAUGUACUGAAAUCCUACAGUAAUUACUUACUGACAGACCUGUUAAUCCUGAUGGAAAUGUACUGAACUCCUACAGUAACUUACUGACAGAAGACAAGUGACUGUCCUGUUAAUCCUGGUGGAAAUGUACUGAACUCCUACAGUAAUUACUUACCGACAGACCUGUUAAUCCUGGUGGAAAUGUACUGAAAUCCUACAGUAAUUACUUACCGACAGACCUGUUAAUCCUGGUGGAAAUGUACUGAACUCCUACAGUAAUUACUUACUGACAGACCUGUUAAUCCUGGUGGAAAUGUACUGAACUCCUACAGUAUCUUACCGACAGAAGACAAGUGACUGUCCUGUUAAUCCUGAUGUAAACCAGGUGAUAGUGUGCGUGUUGGGUAAAUCUAGAAUGUGAAGUAACGACAGAAGUUGUAAUAUGAUAGGAUCUACAAAUGUAUAUUAAACAUCACAUACCAAUCAACUAGUCUCUUUUUAAGUUACAGGAAAAGUAUUUGGAAAACUUAAAAGAUAGAAAUAAAUCAUAUUCGUAAUCAUCUUUUAAAUGCUAAAUACCAGUUUCUGUCUACAUAUGUGUGAUUGUGUUUGGGAUUGAUUUUUAUAUCAGGAUUAUGCACAUUAAAGAAACAGAUGAGUCA